AAGAUCACCUGUCACUAAAUCUUUCAGGAAGUAAAACAAACUGAAUUAUAAUUAUUAUUUAUUUAUUUUUAUUAUUUUUAACCGGUGGAGGCGGCGCGAUCACGGAGAAUGAGACUGAGAGAAGCUGCCAGGGCUUGGAGGAGGAUAAAGCUGAGUUUAGGCUGGAAACUAAAAGACUAGAUUGUUUUUUGGUUCAACUUGCCCGGUUUCUCUCCACUUCCUUUAGUUUCGCUCCAUGGACAGAUCAACAAACCUGGACAUCGAGGAGCUAAAGAUGACACGAGAACAAUAUAUACUAGCAACACAGCAGAACAACCUGCCAAGGGCUGAGAAUGCACAACUUUACCCAGUGGGGAUUUAUGGAUGGCGGAAGAGGUGCUUAUACUUCUUUGUCCUUCUGCUGCUGGUUACCAUGAUAGUUAACUUAGCCAUGACAAUAUGGAUAUUGAAAGUGAUGAAUUUCACUGUGGAUGGUAUGGGAAAUCUGAGAGUCACCAAGAAGGGAAUCCGACUUGAAGGUAUAUCUGAGUUUCUACUUCCAUUGUAUGUGAAAGAAAUUCAUUCCCGAAAGGAUAGUCCACUGGUCUUGCAAUCUGACAGGAAUGUAACAGUGAAUGCAAGAAAUCACAUGGGGCAGUUAACUGGACAGCUGACAGUAGGAGCUGAUGCUGUGGAAGCUCAGUGUAAAAGAUUUGAAGUGAGAGCGAGUGAAGAUGGCAGGGUGCUGUUCUCUGCAGAUGAAGAUGAGAUUACCAUUGGGGCUGAAAAGCUGAAAGUCACAGGCACUGAAGGAGCAGUAUUUGGGCACUCUGUUGAAACACCUCACAUCAGAGCAGAACCUUCCCAAGACCUCAGGCUUGAAUCACCCACCAGGUCCUUGAUAAUGGAAGCUCCACGAGGGGUGCAGGUGAGCGCUGCUGCAGGAGACUUCAGGGCCACCUGCAGGAAGGAGCUGCAUUUGCAGUCUACAGAAGGGGAGAUAUUUCUGAAUGCAGAAAAAAUCCGGCUGGGGAAUCUACCGACGGGCUCUUCCUCCUCCUCCUCGCCGAGCUCCUCAAAUUCCCGGCAGACCGUGUACGAACUGUGCGUCUGCCCCAACGGCAAACUUUACCUUUCUCCAGCAGGAGUAGGCUCCACCUGUCAGUCCAGUAGCAACAUCUGCUUGUGGAGCUGAAGUGACCGAUUCCUCCUCACACCAGAAUAGCCUUUUGUUCCUGUCCGUCUGCUUCACAGUCCCGCUCGGUUUCCCUUGUGAUCAGUCCAGAGCUGCUUCAAAUGGUCCACAGAGCAACUUCUUCCAGUGCAAGCA